CGUCUUUAGCAACCUAUCGCGGCUAAGUGUGUAGCGAUAUGUGCUCGUUGACGACACGCGAAGUUUUGUUGUGAGAAAAGUUGUGCCGUCUGUCGGAGGGGGUGCUUCGGUUGAUUUCAGUGCUGUUGUUAAUUAAAAGUGUAUUUUUUUCAUUUACCGUAAGACUUUAUGAAAUACUGACAAGCCAUGGCUGACCAGGAUCAAAAAAAGAAAGACACUACACCCGCAGACCAGGAAGAAGACCAACAAAAAGAAGAAACUUCCAAAGAACCGAAAGACGAAGACGGCAAAAAACAAAACAAAAAAUCUCAGAACUCGAAAAAAAGUCAAGACAAAAAGAAAAAAUCCCAGUCGGCCGUGAUCCGGGGUCGGGAAAACAAAAUCUACCGCACCCCUGUGACCCCUGAACCCCCAGAACUGCUCCUGAAGGAGAAGUCCUUCGUGUUGGACUGUAAGGCGACCAGCAGCAUCUCGCAGGACUACAGCCGGGUCAACCCCAAGCUGGGCCCCGUCAUCCCGCCCUACAACUCGCAGAGGGACAAGCACGUGGGAAACUACUUCCGGUUUUACGGCAUUAACAAAGUCCUUAACAAAACUGGCCAGAUCGGCAAAAACGCCUCGUCUAUCGAAGGCCCAGUCGUUGACCGGUUCCACGAGAGAGGGGCGGGCUACUCCUACCUGUCCCUCAGGAACGAGUUUGGUGCAGGUCACUCGCAAGAAACAGUGGACGGCCACGCCCAGUUUAUGCAGGACAUCCGGUGUGUUUCCGGCUACAACGGAAAGUACGGAUUCCGGCGGAACACCCCCUGGUUGAGGCAAAAACCGACGCCAUUCGAGCCAGCCAUCAUCUAUCCAACCUUCUAAAUGUUUCCAUACAUAUAGCCAACACACUAAAUGUUUCCCUACAUAUAGCCAACACACUAAAUGUUUCCCUACAUAUAGCCAACACACUAAAUGUUUCCAAACAUAUAGCCAACACACUAAAUGUUUCCAAACAUAUAGCCAACACACUAAAUGUUUCCCUACAUAUAGCCAACACACUAAAUGUUUCCAUACAUAUAGCCAACACACUAAAUGUUUCCAAACAUGUAUCCAACACACUAAAUGUUUCAAUUCUUAAACCCCGACUGACUCACUAAUUAAAUGUUAAAAUUUUACCAACAAAAUCUAUAAUUUAUGUAACCAACUUAAUGUUUGACAUACUUUACACCCAUCUCGCCAAGUCAUUGUUUGAAAUGUGACCUACAAAUCCCAAUCUAAGUGUUAAGUGUGUGACAUAGUAAGCCGAAUCUGAACCACUACAUGUUAAAAAAAAAUACCUACUAAAAGACAUCUGGAAUUUUCAAUGUUUAGAAUAGUCUCAUUCCCCAUCUAAAUUUGACUCAGAUACCACCUGGUUAUAGAUUAAAUAGAAACGGCCUACAUAAAUCCCUUUUUGUUUCUAUUUUUUGUUAUGUAUUUAUUUAUUGAACAUGUUUUGGGAAAUUAAUCAACCUAUAUUAAUUUUUGUAUAUUUUGUUUUUCAAUGCUGGGGUCUAUAAUUAAGUAAUUUCGAAUGCAUGAGAUACCUGUAGUUUCGUCAUUAAAUCACGUGACGCCCGCAUGGGGCUUGCACCCCCUACCCGUACAGACGCCAUUUAGCUUGUGACAAAAGUUUUUUGUUCCCAAUCAAUGAAUGUUAUACUGUAUUAGGCGGCUUCAAUAAAUCAUGUCAGGUGGUGGUGUCAUUUAUGCUGGCAGUGUCAUGUCAGCAUGACACACUCAGCCCUCCAUCUGUCAUGUCACAGUGUCACUACGUCACAUGACACAGUGACGCUAUAUGUCAAUACUUGUGAUUUAUAUGUCAAAGCACUAUAACUGUCAAUACUUACAAGGUUUUAUGACGUGUUGAUACAGCAUUAAUUGUAGACGAUGUACGCAGGCCUAUGUUAUUUUGCUUGUUUAAGUUGUUAGAGUGUGUGUGGUUGGUUUUUUUGUUGCUGUUGUUGUUGUUUGUUUUUGUUUGUUUUGUUUUGUUUGUUGUUUUGUUUGGGGAGGGGGGUGUUUAUUUUGUUUAAGAAUUGUUAAAGGUGACAAAUAUAACCAGUCAUGUGGCGGCGUGGCUGGGUAGUAGCGCGCUCGACUGCUAGCCAAAAAGUUUCGAGUUCGGAUCUAGGUCCGCAAGUGAGUCUGUAGGAUCACCAAGGGUAUCUCACUCACGUUAGCGGAAGUGAAGGCGGCUAGGGAAAGCUCUAGCUCCUUAGCCUUAUGUAUCGAUAGAUCUGAAAGGGGAAAUUGUAUCUCUCUAGCCGGGUGUCAAAAUCUGCUAUAGUCCUGUUGUCACGUUUCUUUACUCCUUCCACAUGUUCCCCCCCCCCCCCCACACCCAUUCCCCACCCAACUCCCUUUACCCCACACUUAACAUUAUUUAGAAAACCGCCACAAAUUGUCUUGUUAGUUGUUUUUUUUUUAACUUUAUUACGUAAAAUACAUGUUAUUUCCUGCUCAGUAUUCACCUACCCAUACCAUGUGAUAUAUAAGUAUUUCCUAUGAGCCCGUAUUGCUGGUACCCCAGUUGCUAUACCGCUGUAUACUUAAAAACAUAUUUGGUGGGGAGGGACACAUUUUUUUUAAAAUUAUUUCUCGCCCUCCUCCAUGGCCCUUGGUCGCCAGUAACACGUUCACUUUAAGUGUACCAGCUACCGUUACAGUAUUGACGAUAUUCUAUGUAAAAACUUUGUUGUAUUUUCCAUUUUAUUUCACUAUGUAUAACACGUACAUGCACUGCUUUUUUUGUCGAAAUAAAUAUUUUUU